ACAUUAAGUAUAUAGAGCCUGGAGCAUUUAGACAUGGAAGAAGUAUACGCCUACUCCAUCUCGACAAAAACUACAAUAUGGGACUUGAAAAUGCUCGGAAUGUUAUGAAUGAUUUAGAAAACAAACCUGUUGAAGAUGUAAGACUUGCAGGAUGUGGUUUGGUUAUUGACACAAUUGAUGGAACAUUUUUCAAAUCACUAAAUGCGUCAAAUCUCAAAGUGCUCCACAUUCAUGGAAAUAGCAUUAAGACAUUAGCACCAGAUGCCUUCGAACCAAUCAAAUCACUGAGAGUUUUAAUACUUUCAAAUUUCAUGUAUGUAAGCACACUGACUUUCAAUGUUCUACAGAAUCUGACUCAUUUCAAAUUGUAUGGCGGACUUCAGAAAUCAUUUGGUCAAAUUGUGCCUACAUUUGACCUAAAUGAAUUACAACAUCUAAAAAUCCUUCAACUUUCUCUGUCUCAUAGCGCUAACUUCAAUUUAAAGAUAAGCUACUUAAGAAAUUUGAAAGAGCUACUUUUAAUUGAUGCUCAGGAUUUUGAAGGGUACCGUGGACAAAUGCUCCAAUUACUGAACAAUUCACAGUCACUUAGCCAAGUAGACCUAUCCGGGAAUCUUUUGUUUCAAUAUACAGAUAUGCAACUCUGCCAAUUGUUUGAAAACAAAAUCCAUUUCACAAGUUUGAUUCUCGCAAGAAACUAUCUAUCUCAUUUACCUAAUUGUAUCUUUAGAGGGAUGGUCAACUUAAUAGGACUUGUCCUCUUUAAAAACAGAAUUUUCACAAUCCAGAAGGAUUUAUUUACAAAUCUUCAAAACCUGCUAUGGCUGGAUCUGUCAGAUAAUGCAAUAACAUUUAUUGACCCUGGUAACUUUGCCCAUAUGCCUGACUUGAGAGAAUUGUAUAUACACCACAAUAACUUUGACUGCAACUGCGAGCUGAUUGGCUUACGUGACAUAUUAAAAACCUGGGGAUUACAUGUUUAUCACGAUGAAAAGUGCAGUAGGCCAGAAUCACGAAAACAUGCAUUUGUACAUAAUUAUACCAUACCUGAAUACCUGACUGAAUGCAACUCUAAAAUGCUCCUAACAUCAUGUUCCACAACUGGGAGCAUUAUACUAUUCCUUACCAUUCUAACAUCUGUACUAUUGAAGCAUUUUUGGAAGGACAUCAAAUAUAUCAAAAUGGUACGUAAAGCAAGAAAACAUGGGGGAUAUGCUCCAAUACACAAUGAACCAAUAGAGGAUGACGCUUUUGUCAGUUAUCAUAGCGAAAAGACAUUAUGGGUUCAAAGAGACUUGUGUAGGGAGCUAGAAAAUGGAGAAGACAUCAAGUUCACUUUAAUGUAUGAUGACCGGAUCAUGCCUGGUGGCUCUUUUUUCACAUCUCUCGGCAAUGCCAUGUAUAGUUGUAGGAAGAUUCUAUUUGUGGUGAGUCGUGGAUGGGUGGCAGCUGCCUUGAACCAGUUUGAAGUAGACAUGGCCCUGGUGAAGCUGCUUGAUGAUAACAGAGACAUGAUCAUUGUCCUCCUCAUGGAACACAUCCCCAAAGCUGAGAUGUCUGAUACUCUGAGAAUGAUGGUGAAACACAACACAUGCCUCACGUGGAGUGACAAUGAGAGACAACAGGCAAAGUUCUGGAGGGACUUGAAAUUGGAACUAGGAAAGCACUACUUAGAGAAACCUUAAAUAUAACGGUGCCAAUAAUUAACCAAAAAGGGAUUGGUCGAAAAGGUCUAUCGUACUUCUAGAAUGGAUAUGCUGAAUAAUUAUCCCAGUGUAACUGUAUAGAACAGGGCAACAAAUUGAAAUCUUUCGUUGGACUUGAAUGGAGAUUUAGUAAACAUA